AGGGGCCGCGGACGCCAUUUUGUGCGAGCACCAGGCGGAGCCGGACGGGCCCGAGUGCUGCGGGACGGAGCGGACGGAGCCGGGCUUCUCCCCGCGCCGCCAUGCCCUCCUCGCCGCUCCGCGUCGCCGUGGUCUGCUCCAGCAACCAGAACCGCAGCAUGGAGGCGCACAACAUCCUCAGCAAACGAGGAUUCAGUGUCCGAUCCUUUGGAACAGGGACUCACGUGAAACUACCAGGACCAGCGCCAGACAAGCCAAAUGUUUAUGAUUUCAAAACGACAUAUGAUCAGAUGUACAAUGAUCUGCUUAGGAAAGACAAAGAACUAUAUACACAGAAUGGGAUUUUACACAUGUUGGACAGAAAUAAGAGAAUCAAGCCACGACCAGAAAGAUUCCAGAACUGCAAAGAUGUGUUUGAUUUGAUCCUAACGUGUGAAGAGAGAGUCUAUGAUCAAGUAGUAGAAGAUUUAAAUUCCAGAGAACAGGAGACGUGCCAGCCAGUACAUGUGAUCAACGUGGACAUCCAGGAUAAUCAUGAGGAGGCAACCUUGGGAGCUUUUCUUAUCUGCGAGCUAUGUCAGUGUAUACAACACACAGAAGAUAUGGAAAAUGAAAUAGAUGAGCUGUUACAGGAAUUUGAAGAGAAAAGUGGAAGGACUUUUCUUCACACUGUCUGCUUUUAUUAAAGCACUUCUGUCUUAGGCCUUAAUACAGAUGAGAGAAGCAUGUGUGUAAGGUUCUGAUUAUACUGUACUUUCCUGGAAGAUGAACUUUGAUCCUUUUUUUUUGUUUGUUUGUUUGUUUUGUUAAUAAUUUUACUUUUCAGUGUUUUGUUUGUAUGUUUCAGGUAUUCUGCCACAGGCAGGCAGAGAUACUGGCUGAAUUGUACAUAUGCAAAUGAUUAAAAAUAUACGUAAAGGCCAUCUAUUUAAAAAUACAAAUCAAGAUUUUUUUUAAAUCCUACUUUAAUUGUUACAAGUGGGGUUUUAAUUAUAAAGAGAAUGUUUCUUGAAUAUGAUACAGUUUAUAUUGUAUUUUUCCAGCUUACAAAUGUAUUUUAUUUUACCUGUGUAUUUUUUUUUCUUAUUUUAAUGUAACUGACUGAAUGGCUGCAAUAUGUGAAGAUGUGAAUGGAACAAUGGAAAAUUAGUAUCUGUAUAUUAUUAGGUAUAACAUUGGAAGCAUCCAAUAAAAGUGGAAAUCUCCAAUUCUGCCCAAUCUCUUUGUCUUCACACCAGAAGCUGGAAAAUUGGGCAUUUUGCUUCUUGUGGUGAAACUGAAGCCCCGUUGAAAAGGUGGUUCCAUACAAAUUACCCAAUUGAAGAGGAUGGUCUUGUAGUUAAGGCCUCUGAAUUAGGACCUCAGAAAAUCAAGAUUCUCUUCCUAGCUCAGCCAAAGAUUUCACAUGUGACUUCGGGCAACUCAGUAAAUCUCUGAUGCUGCUGUGGGAUGAAAUGAAGUCAAUAGGGCCCUGCCUGCAAACUCCUCAUUGCAGGAAUCCAGGCCUCAAGUUCUGUGCCUCAUUUUCCUAUGUGUCCUGUAUUCCUUGGGGUGCUGUGAGAGUAUAAAAAAGCCUUUGAGGCCUUAAAGUUACAGUGGCUAAGAGCCGCAAUAACAGAUGUCUUCAGUCUAAAGGACGGGAUCCUCAAUAGAAAUAGUUUAAAGAUAUUAAAGAAGUGUCUUUUGGGUCUAAAUAUUCCCUUCCAACGCGGUGAGUUAUAAAGCAAGCUUGCAUUGGACACUGACGCGUUCCUUAUAAAAAGGGCAAUGUCUCAGUCUAGUCUUCUUAACAAAACAAUGGAAUGCCAGAGAUAAAAAGCCUGAACAGUGAAAAGUAAACUGGAUUAAUAGAAAUUUGGAAUUACCAAGUGAAGUGCUACUGGUUGGUUAAAGGCCAGAACACUCCUCGGUUGGUAUGGCUUGUUUCAAAACACCCAGAGGAUUUUGAGAACUAGAUUUGUCCCCCAUACUGAUGAUGUAUGCAGAGGAAAUGCAGAAGACCUCUGCUUAUUAACCCGAUAUUGGGGUAGGACUCGGGACUCCUGCGUUUCGUUUCCAUCAUGUGAUCUUGGACAAAUCACUUGACCCGACCCAUUUCACGAGAGUCGUUACACUUAAGUUGACUUCCAUGGGAUUUCAGUGCAUGCUUGAAGCUAAGCGAGUACCUAAGUGUUCUCCUGAAUCAGGUUGUCUGGGGAUGAUUACCUUGAGAUUAUGUGAAGUCUCCUGGAAAUGCCCCAAUCUGCCACUUACGUCCUUUAUUAACAAACAUGGAUCCCUUAAAAAAGGACACUUUCUUGUUUCAAUGUCGGGUGUCAACAAUGCUGGAGGGAGGGGAUUUAAAAGAGGGUAUUUGUUAAGCAAAAUCAUGUUGUGUUUGUUUUCUCAUCUGGUGCAUUUUGUUCCUUGAGGCUAUUUCCUUAAAGGCAGGACUUCACUGAACUUUGUCUGCUGCUUUUUUGUUGGUUUGUGACAUCAGAGCUGGUUGCUGUGAGAAUAUUUGCAAUCAAAGACGAAAGGGUAAAAUGGCUCUGGAAGGGCUGAACUGCCUAGAGACGGAUCCCUUUAAGAAUGAGACAUGCCGUGCAUCCCUCCCAUCACCCGGACUAAUUUCCAGAGACCGAAUAGAGGUGAGGUAGGAUUGUUUUCUACCACUCCGUCCAGGAGAUCUAGUGUUGAAGUGAUCUGCUUUGUUUUAAACACUCUUUGUUGUUGCAAGAAAAGUCUAAACAGAGGAUAUUAUUGGACAUGUGUCAAUAAACAUGGGUUUUGGUA